CAGAAGGAAAAGGGGGGCGGGGAUAUUUCCCCCUUCCCCAGACGUCACGUGACGCUCGGAGGCCGCUUUUUCUUCCGACGCUCUCGCCCGCGGCGGAGAGGGGUAGCCGCUCGCGGCCACGCGAUUCCUCAGUGCCUCGCGCCACCAGGGGGCGCCGCCUCAGGGCAGGAACAACCUGCUGGUGCGAACGAGCGAGAGUCGUCGAUCGGAGGAAAAGGAGGGAGAGGCGAGCAGGAGCGGUUGGUGGCGCGAGACUUUCUGCGCGCCGUGCGUGACGCGGCGUUCUGAGGGAAAGGGAAGGUCGGAGGAAGAGGCGGGGGGGAGACGGAGGAGGCGAAGGCAGGCGAGGGGAAGAAGCGCGAGCCGCGGUCGCGGAGGGGACGCGAUGUGAAGCCCUGCGCGGCCCGGGAGGGCAGACGGCGGCGCCGCCCGCAGCGCGGCGAGAGAUGCUGAACAAAUUCUUCCAACGCCCCUGCAAGGGCUUCUCCGAGCCCCCUCUACCCAAGAGUGCAUGUGUCACCCGAAACAGCUGCAGGGCAGCUAUCUGCAGACGCAAUAUGGGUGGAGAAAUACUGACACUUCGCUGCCCUUACCACCACAAGGUAGGCCUUAAUAGAGGCUCUAACCCAUGUUCGGUCAAGUUCGUCCCCUGUUGAACGCCAGUGAUGCUCUAGAUGUCUCUUCUCUUGUUUCAUCUCCCUCAGCUCUUCCGUGAACCACAGGGAGUGACGGGAUCCACAAGAGGGGAGAGGUUGCAUUGGUGCGAUCCGAUCCAAAGCCUCAGCUACCCCCCUAUUGUAAGCGGUGACCAAGGCUGCAGAUGAACCAUGCAGCAGAUCAACAGGAACAUCCCCCAGCUCCCUCUGAAACCCAUCCAGGUCCAUCACUCACUAGGGGCGGACUGAUCUAAUGGGUGUUAAUGGUGAAGGCAUCCAGAUUGGCCUGUCCCCAAUAUCUUAUCCAUACAAUAUAUAUUUGAAAUAAUGGUAUCAGUACCAUAAGCUAAUACUGACAUAGAUAUGAUACAGUCUUUAAACAGUACAGGAUUCUAUGCUGAUUCUGCCUACAUCCCCUUUUCUUCUCCUUAUAUCAUUAGUUGCUCAGUUGUCUGGUUUGGCUCUAAAUGUCACAAUAUUGGAUGCUAUAGCACUAAGAUAUAUGUUAAGUUAACAGUGAAAUGGAGAAGUAUUCAGUGAAAUGUUUCUAAAGAAUUUGCAACCUGUAAAUUAGUAUCUUGUGGAACCAUAAUGAAUGUAUUACCUGUAUCAUAAUUCAAAGACUUUCUGGAGUAGUUAAUUGUAGAUUAUUUUCUAUGAAUUAUUUUUGGCUGUGUAAUAUCAAGAGUUAUAGUAGUGAUACCAAAAAUAAAUAUAUUUUUUCCCCUCCACAAAUAUAAGGUUCACUAUGAAGCAAGGUGGAUGGAGAAAACGAGCCAGUGACAGAGAUGGCUGGGGAACAUGGGGAGGAUAUAUGUCUGCAAAAGUCCAGAAACUGGAAGAUCAGUUUCGUUCAGAGGCAGCUAUGCAACUUCAGAAAGAUGGAAAUUCAUCCAGCAUCUUCAGUGGAGUUGCCAUCUUUGUCAAUGGCUUUACAGAUCCUUCUGCUGAUGAAUUGAGGCGGCUAAUGAUGUUGCAUGGAGGACAAUAUCAUGUAUACUAUUCUAGAUCCAAAACAACGCACAUUAUUGCUACAAACCUUCCAAAUGCCAAAAUAAAGGAACUGAAGGGAGAAAAAGUAGUUCGACCAGACUGGAUAAUAGAUAGCAUAAAGGCUGGACGACUCCUUUCAUAUAUUCCUUAUCAGCUUUACACAAAACAGACAAGUAUUCAGAAAGGCCUCUGGUUUAAUGCUAUAUGCAAGCCUGAAGAUUCAGUCCCAGGUCCUAGCAAUAUCUCUGUGGAACUCAACAGGGUAAAUAGUCUUGUAAAGAAGCAUGAAGUAGAGAAUGAAAUGAAAACAAAUGGAAUGAGUAAAUCAAAGAAAGAAGCUGAAACUACAGGAUUCUUGGAGUUGGAGCAAGCUCUUUCCAGAAGCAAACAGAAUGGAAUUCAUCAGAAAGACGACGUUUCCAUUUUUAAUGGACAUACUCAUAGUUCCAACAGUGCCUUAAAGACGCAGGAUGGUUUGCUGCACUCUGACAAAAGUGUUAUAAGCAGACUGUCUCCUGUGCAUGAAGAAGAAAGGAAAGAAAGCACUGACUUUAGAGACUGCUGUAUGCAGCAUUUGCAACAAAGCAACAGAAAUACAGAACUCUUAAAAAAUGUGCACAGGACUAUGAGUAAUUCAUCAUUUUCAUCUUUGCACAGUAAUAUUAAAAUAAAUGGUGCUCAUCACUAUACUGUUCAGGGGCCUUCAAGCACAAAAAGCACUACUUCAGUACCUGCUCCUAGUAAGGUAGAUAAUUCACCUCUGUCCAAACCUUCUAAUGGCAAUUUCAUUUCAGAUUUUUACUCUCGUUCAAGAUUGCAUCAUAUAUCUACCUGGAAGUGUGAAUUUACCGAGUUUGUCAACACGCUACAGAGACAAAACAAUGCUAGUUUCCCAGGAAGAGAAAAGUUGAAAAAAAUGAAAGCAGGACAAUCUACAAUUAAUAAAGCUGACUUAGAGAACACAUCCUUCUUGAGUUCAGCCAAGCAUCAGUGCUGCAUAAUGCAUGUGGAUAUGGACUGCUUCUUUGUAUCAGUGGGUAUCCGAGAUAGACCAGAUCUAAAAGGUUAG